AGGCCCCUAGUGUGUGUCAUCUGGACCCAUUCCAGCUGUGAACUGGCUGUGCAAAAUGCAGCUCAGACUUCUGUUUUUCUGCCACAUCUCAGAGAGGGAAGUGUAUUUUUUUUUCUCUAAGCUUAGAGAGUAUUUACUGCAGUGGUUUCUGUUGGGGGGGGGAGCUCCGGCCUCUGUACUCAUCUAAGCUGCUUAAUUUUUAUAUUUGUGCCAGUCUGUAAAUGGAUCCUUCACUGUAAUAACGGGCCCUUACGAGCUGACUUUGUAGAGAAGCUGGCCCUUUGCACAGUGGGCAGUGAUGCGGUUCUUGGCUUCUUCGGGCCAUGCUGUGGAGCAAGACCCAGCUGGAGCAGAUCCUCAGUCCCUCUUACAUAUUUCCCUUCUACAGAGGUAUUUUCUAGAGGCCAUAUUUAUCACUGGGCCUUCGUGACUGUCCACUUGGAACACUAAAUAGACCUCUGUUAUUUAAGCCACAAGCCUUUGCCAAGGGCCAGAGCCUGAGUUUUUUUUUCAAAUAUGUGUCCCCUUUUGGGUUCUCCAAGUCUGGUGGGAGUCUGGAAAGUGUUGCGAUGGUUGAUUAUGGGCUGUCAGGUACAGAGGGUGGCGUACAGGUUAGAGCCCUCAGGCCAGCCUCAGGAAUCCAAAUCUUCCACCUGUCCCCAACACUGUGACGAGUGCCAGCCUGACCAAAAGUGACCUGCCAAGAGUGGAGCCAUCGGCCACCACCUGCAGGUUGGCAUCCCCUUGGGGUGCUGACUAUUCUUUGCAGGUUGCACUUAAAAAGAAAUAACUCACAAUCACCAAUAAAGCCUUAUGUGAUCUUAUCUGCAUUUUUUUUUUCAUGCAGAAAGAGAGACUUGCAAAGAGGCAAAGUAGCUUGUCUAAGAUAGUAGAACCAGGAACUAUUAGGGUUGAGGAUUGAACCCAGGCAUCUUGGCUCCAGAAAUAGGCCCUCCCUGAUGGAUGACCUUGCGGCUGUGGCUGGGGUCUAGUGCCUGACUCCAGAGACAGAGCUAUCUCGAAACCAUCCCCAUUCCAUUUUUCAGACUGCUUUGUCAGAAAGGCCUUCAUUCUAUGGAACUGAAACCUGUCUCCCCAAGGGUUCCGUUGAUCCUCCUAGGAAAACAUUUUUUAAAUUUUGAACUAAGAUUCAUGGGAACUUGUAAAGAUAGUACAAAGAGGCCCCAUGUACCCUUCACCCAGUUUGCUCUGUUGUAACUACAGUAAACCGUGCGUACUUGCUCUUGACAUCUAAGGCCUCAGCUGGAAAGAGGGUUCCAUUGUGCAGCUCCCCUUGCUCUCAACCAGUGUUGCCAUCACAAAGGGUUUCUUGUCGGUGACAGCGGUGUGUGUGUGGGGGUGGAUCUAGCUCUUAAAGCAAAAACACCAACUGCAUUGUAGAUUUCCUCCACUGGGCUCAGCCCAGAGCAUUUGGGCCAGUUUUCAGCUGACCAACCAAAUUGGGGCCUUAGCUUCUCUGUGGUUAUUUUCCCCUUGAUCCCCAAGGUGGGGACAUCUAUCCGCGUGUUCACUCAGAUGCUUGAGCACCUACUGUGAGUCAGGUCCUGUGCCCAGGAAUUGAAUGAAGGCCAGACAGGACUCAAUCUCCCACCGUGAGCUCAGGUUCCAGACCACGGCCAGCAAAUAGCUGUGUGAUGUGCAGACUGAGAAGACAACUCUGGCUAGGGGGGCAGCACGGAAGAUCUGAGCUGUGUGUCCAGGAACCAGGAGGAGGCUGCCAGAUGACCAAAGAAGGGAACGCUGUGCCCGCUGGAGGGAACGGCAGCUUACACUCUGGGGACUGUAGUGCGUUCCGUGAUGGGGGGCCAUCUGUGGCACCCUCCUGUUUCCCUGUUAGCAAAGUUCCGUCAGAGGCUCAGUGGACGGAUGCUGGCGAGUCCAACGUGGCCAUGAGGAGCCCUUCAUAGAUCCUGUCGGUUCCUGGGGAUGAGACUAACCAGAUGUAUGGCUGCCUCCCCAUCUGUGCCAUGUCCCACAGAGGAUGUCCGCUGUCCAAUGUGAAAGACCUCUGUUUCCAACCUGCAACCUCCACCAUUUGAGAACCCGUCAGCAUGGUUGGUUUUUACUAGAACAGGGUCUCGAGUCUACCAGGGUGUAUUAGCUUCAUAAUACACCCUGACCGCAUGCACUGACCCGUGGGUAAAUCAGCAAGGUUCCGUUUCUGUUGGAGGAGUUUGCCCAGUGCAGUGAGUUGAGUUGUGACGGAGCUGACGCUGAGCGGCUUGGUGAUUUCUCCGACAGUUUUGGCUGUGUCCUCAGCCCUGUGCUGGAGGCAACGCACUGUGGCGUCAGCCUGGAGCAGGAGGCCAUUCUGUCCCAUGGCUGUCGCUGGGGUCGCGCAUCCUGUUCUUGCUGCCCCUGAAGAGAUAGUUGAAUGUAAGUUUUCAGAAAAGAGGCUUGGGUGCAGCCCUGUUUCUUCAUCACUUAUAAUUGGAAUUUCUUCCAUCCAAAGGUUCCUCCUGUCCCUGAUUUUGGUGGUAUUGGUCUGAUGCUAACUUCGAAGAGGCCCUCACAUCCCGGACACAGGCUUAGUGCUUACCACUAAGCCCGACCAACAGCUCUAACUAUGGGUUAUGAGUUGAGGGUAGGAUGACCAAUGAGAAAAAGGGGUCAUUCCAAAGUGGCACUUUUUCAGAACCAGGCUAGGGUAUAACCUGGGUCCAUCUUAGGGAAAUAGACUAGUGGAAUUCAUCCAAGUAGCUCCUGGGGGACCAGUGCCUACUGCUUAGGGGAUAAUCCAGUCAGUGGCUCCCAACUGCACAUUGAGAUUAAAACACUGAACUUUAAAGCAGAUAGGGUGUAGACUGCUACCUGGCCAUCUACACUGCAUUGUGAGGGGUAUACGUGUCUGUCUAUUCCUGUGUGGAGCUGCGUGGCUCUGUGCUAACAGUGACCUCAAGCAGUGCCGUCCCCGGCCCUGACAGCAGAAUCAUCUUUAAGUUUCAUGGGGGUGCAAAGAAGACCCUUUCAGACAAGCUCGGGCUGAGAGGCAGGGGUCACUGGGAAGAAGCAUAUGGAGCACGCAGCUAAAGAGGGGCUCCUCCAGUUCUCCCAGCCUCUCAUUCACACCUUAAACACACAAAAGAAGGUUUUGACCCACCUAAAGGCUUUGAUCCUUGUCACACUGUGGGUAAAUGUUGGGGUCACUAUUCACCUUUCUCCUGCCAUUCUCCAGUGGGGAUCCUGCGCUGCCUCCAUGCUUCCCUCCUUCCCUAGCCCCUCUCCCCUCCUGCGUUUGUAGAUGGCUGCCUCGCCCUCAUCACCUCCUUUGCCCUGUAUGCUUGCUUGAUUCUUUCAUCUGCUCAAGAGAGAGGAGGACUCCUGGCUGCUACCCAGCUGACUGAGCAGGGCCUGGGGGCACCCGCACUGCCACAGCUGGGAAGCCCCCAGGCCCUCUCUGUGCCCCAGUCCAACCUUGGGCACGGCGUGUGGGAAGAUGCACGGCCUGCAGAAACCCAAAACAGUGCCAUGGGCUCUGAAUGCCCCUUGAAGUAUUGUUUCAAUAACUUUGCUGCGAUGGUUUUUCCUGACUGUAUUGCUCAAACUGAGAAAUGCCUGGUACAGAAAAAGGGGCUGGAACAAACACGGAAAUGAGAGCCCUGGGAUGACCCCAGGUCACAUAGCUACUUCGAGAAGGGCCACCUUCAGUGAUAAUGUGAUGUAAAGCCUUGGACCCUGUGUCUGCAGGCUCUGCCCAGACCCUGGUGGGGCAGCAACUGACUAUCCAGGGGACCGAAAGGAGGCCCUCCAUUGCCCACAGUUGUACCCCAGACAGCCCCACUAUGACAGCUCCCACUACCAUGCAUGUCACUGCCUCCUCCUGGGUUUGGGGCCUUUGAGGUCCCUCUGCUACCCACCCCACUAGCGUCUGACCCAUGUCCUAGAAGGUGCUUCAUGCAUGUUUGCUGAGUGAGUGGUGGAGAGGCAGAGCCCAGCCUCGCCCCCGUGGUGUUUGUAAUUAGAAGCUAACUGGAAGCAAGACUUCAUCCUUCCAUAGCCCCCUUGCCAGCCUGCCUAGGCCCUUUGCCCAUCCACCCCACUUCACUGGAUCCCUUUGGUUAGUCCUGGAGACUGAUUAAGGCCAGGACCAGAGAGCGGCCAAGUGCCCCAGCCAGGGGUGGCUGCCUCCCACCAUUCAGGCUGCCAGCUUCCUGGCCCAGGAGGUCAGCUGUCUGCAGAGUCCCCUCCUGGGGCAACGCAGGCCCCACCCUUCCUCCUCCUCAGCCCAGCCACUUGGCGGCUGAAAAACCGGAGGUUUGGAGAGAUUAAGACAUUUGCCCAGGGACCUACUUAAGCGGCCAGCUCCUCAGGGACGCUGGGAUUUGAACGCAGGUCUGUGGCAGGUCUACCUGCAGCUCUGGGACUUCCUUCUGUCCCCUGGGGCCGAGCUCUGCAAUAGCCGUCGCCGAGAGGUGGGACCCAUCUGCCUGAGAACGUAGGUGGGCGUAUCGUGAGGCUGCCGCGCAGGCAGAAAAAGGGGCGCCACGUCCAGGAAAGCCUCGGAGCGGAUGUAGCAGCUUGCCCGCCCCGGCGCCCCCACCCUGACCCAGCUCACCAAAUCCCGGGCGCCCCUUCCCCGACCGGGCUCCCCCCUCCCGCUCCCUCUCAGCUCCGCAAAUCCGCGCUCCCCUGGCUCCGUCCCCUGCACGCCGAGCCCCGCAUGGCCCGGCUGGGCGCGCUGCUCCUGGGCGCGCGGCUCAGCUUCGCACUGCUUCUGGCCGCCGUGGCCAGCGACUAAUGGUACGUCCUGGAGGUGGCGGAAGCCGGCAAUGGCACGGGGCGCACCGCGCAGCUGUCCUCGCACUCGGGGCUCUGGCGUGUCUGCGAAGGGCAAAACAGCUGCAUCCCCCUGAUCGACCCCUUUGCCAGCGAGAACCUGGAUGUCCCCACCUCAGUGCAGCAUCUCAUCUCCCUGCACCGAGCUGUCAUGGUGGUCCUGCCCCUGAGCCUCGUCCUUGUCGUGUGUGGGUGGAUCUGUGGCCUCUUCAGUUCCCUGGCACAGAGUGUCCUGCUGCUGCUCUUCGCCGGCUGCUACUUCUUACUGGGGGGUGCCCUGACCCUGGUGGGGGUCGGCAUCUACAUCAGCUACUCACACCNGGCCUUCGCCGAGACCGCCCGCCAGUACGGCCACCAGCACAUGCAGGGCAUCCGCGUCAGCUUCGGCUGGUCUCUAGCCCUGGCCUGGGGCUCCUGCGCCUCGGAGGCACUCAGUGUCCUCCUCCUGCUCACAGCAGCCCAAGCCCUCAGCCUGAGCCAGCAGCCGGGGGCGCCCCACUCUGCCAGUGCCCUGACCCUGGUGGGGGUCGGCAUCUACAUCAGCUACUCACACCUGGCCUUCGCCGAGACCGCCCGCCAGUACGGCCACCAGCACAUGCAGGGCAUCCGCGUCAGCUUCGGCUGGUCUCUAGCCCUGGCCUGGGGCUCCUGCGCCUCGGAGGCACUCAGUGUCCUCCUCCUGCUCACAGCAGCCCAAGCCCUCAGCCUGAGCCAGCAGCCGGGGGCGCCCCACUCUGUGGUCAUCUGA